CUGUCAAUAAAAGCUGUUCCUCACAAAGUCACAACUACUUUCUCUCUCUGUAAUCUUUUUUGAACUCUCACUGAAUGAUAUCAAAGAUUAACUCCAACCAAAUUGAUUUCUCUUGUUCCCGAAAUCCUCUUCAAUUUUUAAAAACCUUCCAUACUUGCUCUUCUACCUGAUAUCUUUCUUUUCUUUUCUCUGUUAUUGUUUUGUUAAGGAUGGAUAGGCGCAAACAUGACGACCUUCAAUGGUCUUCUUUCACGGUGGAAAACCCUUCUUUCACGGUGGAAAACCCUUCUUUGGUGGUGGAAAAUCCUUCGUUGAUGGCGGAAAAUCCUUCGUUGAUGGUGGAAAAUCCUUCUUUCAUGGUGGAAAACCCUUCUUUGAUGGUGGAAAAUCCUUCUUUGAUGGUGGAAAACGCUUCUUUGAUGGUCGAAAACCCUUCUUUACUGGUGGAAAACCCUUUUCUUUCUCCUUAUCUCUCUCAGACCCUAAACCACCACCACCUCAACAACCUUGGCCUUGCUCCAGCGCCUGAGCAAAACAACCACCACCACCCUCAAAACCCUAUUUCCUCCCCUCAAAACCCAAAUAUCCAAAACCUAGUCCGCUUUUACCAAAACCCUCGCAAUUCUCAAAACCACCUACUUUUACGGGAGAAUCUCCACCACCAGCACCAGCACCACCUUACAUAUCCAAUGGCUAUUGGGACUUCUUUAGAAUCUGGUUUACACCUAAACCCUAACCCUAGUCUUGCUGAAACCUUGGACUUGGAAAACCAAUACCACGAAACCCUCGAAACUGCCUUGAGCCGUAUGAACAUAUCGGCUACUCAUUCCUAUCCGUCUCCUCACCAUCACCAUUCUAAUUCUUUAAUAAAUAGAGGAUUUUCCAAUCAACAACAGCCUCUAAAUAGGAUGAGAAGCAUAUCUGCUAAUCUUGGUCUGCUCAGGGCCGCAAAUUCAACUUCUCUUACUGAUCGCCACCGCGCUCUGUUGAACCAAUCUUUUUCUAACAAUAACAGAAUCAAUCUGCAGCGUCGAAGCCCAUCUUAUGAUGGGUUUAAUUAUGAUUACUCAACUAGGUCUAAUGUUUUUAGGCCUAGUUCUGAUUCCGUUUCUGGUUUUGAUUCUCAAUUUAGGAGGGCUCGGUCUGUUAAUGGAUUAGAAGAAACAAAUUCAAGUCCAUUGCUUUCUGCAUUGUAUAAUCGUCAAUCAAAGAAUCAAUAUACAUUGGAUCUUGUAAAAGGGAGAGUGGUUAUGGUAGCAAGAGAUCAAGAAGGGUGUCGUUUCUUGCAAAAGAAGAUUGAAGAGCAAAAGGCUGAGCAAAUUGAGAUGAUUUUCUUGGAAGUGAAAGAUCAUUUGUGUGAUUUAAUUGUUGAUCAGUUUGCUAAUUAUCUUAUUCAGAAGCUUUUUGGUAUAUGCAAUGAAGAGCAAAUGGGUCAACUUUUACUUUCUUUGAUAAGAAAUGAGCAAAAACUUCUAGACAUUUGCAUUCAUCUAUAUGGGACUCGUGCUGUACAAAAAAUGAUAGAGCAUAUCAGAACCCCAGAGCAAACAUCCACUCUUAUAUCUUCUUUGAAGAAUAUUACCGUCUCCUUGUCCAAACAUCAGAAUGGUCACCAUGUAAUUCAACAAUGCAUUAAAUGCUUUAGGGUUGAUGAUACUAAGUGCCUUCUUGAAGAAAUAGCUAAAAGUUGUUUUGAUAUUGCAAUGGAUAAAAGUGGGUGUUGUGUACUGCAAAAGUCUGUGAAUCAAGCUCAAGGAGAAGUUAAAGAGCGUCUUGUGGCUGAAAUAACAAAUAAUGCGCUAGUCUUGUCAGAGCAUCCUUAUGGGAAUUAUGUUGUGCAAUUUGUACUUGAUAUGAACAUUCCCCGUGCUGAAGCCAAUGUAUUGGAGAGGCUUAGAGGGAAUUUUGUCACUCUUUCCAUGAACAAAUAUGGAAGCAAUGUGGUAGAGAAAUGUUUGAAGGAGUGUAAUGAGAAGAAUGCCUCCGCAAUUAUUGAGGAGCUUAUGCACAGUCCUGACUUCUUGGAUGUGCUUCAGGAUCCUUUUGGUAACUAUGUUGUCCAGUCAGCAUUAAUAGUUUCUAAGGGAGAUCUCCAUCAUGCACUUGUCAGUUUGAUCAAUAUCUACUAUCCAUAUCUCCAUAGCCAUCUCCAUGGGAAAAAGGUGCUUGCUCGAACUCGAGGAAAUAGGAACCGUAUAUGAGAGAGUGUAGACUGUAGCUUUUGCUACAUGUGUUUGUCCCAUAUUUUGCUAUAUUAGUAUUUUUUGUUGUUCGUUGUCGUCGAGUGUUAAACUAUGUCGUUUUGUACGACUUUGGUAUGUUUGUAAGUGUUUCAUCUAAGUGUUCAUUAGCCGUAUCGUACGUGUGGUUUAGAAGUUGUAAUAAGGGUUGUGCCACAUUGUGUCUUUGUGGUAUUCCCAUUUUGUUGCUUGUUAUAUAUUAGGGCUAUAGAUAUAGUGUGAGAAUUUGGGCAGUAUAAUUAUGUUUACUGUUUAAAAUUUAAUUGCAUGCGUCGAGCUUCGACCAUGGAGUUUUUGAUA